GUCACGUGUGUUUAUCACCCCGCCGCCCAACGAGUUUUUCGCCAAAGCGGCUGUGGUUCCAAGCAACAGCCUCUUGAAAACAACAUCAUUCCUCGGGCGCCACUCAUUCUUGCAACCCGACUAGCACUACCUCUUUCCACGACCUCAUCGUAAUUGAACAGUGCGUGCCCCUCUCACCAUCCAGUCGCAAUUAUCCCAGCGAUUCUGCCUCUCAACAUCUACAAGAACCCCUCCUUUGCCUCGAGAGCUAACGUGGGCUGCACAGGUCCACUUCCUCUCUUCUCACUUAAUCGACACACAUCACACACAAUGGCGGAGGCUCCCCAGGUCCCGACCUUCAAACUAGUCCUUGUUGGCGAUGGUGGUACCGGCAAGACGACCUUCGUCAAGCGUCACUUGACUGGCGAGUUUGAGAAGAAAUACAUGGCCACCUUGGGUGUGGAGGUGCACCCUCUCGGCUUCACCACCAACUUCGGUCAGAUUCAGUUCGACGUAUGGGACACUGCGGGUCAGGAGAAGUUCGGCGGUCUCCGUGAUGGCUACUACAUCAACGGCCAGUGCGGAAUCAUCAUGUUCGAUGUCACAUCGCGCAUCACUUACAAGAACGUCCCCAACUGGCACCGUGAUCUCACCCGCGUUUGCGAGAACAUUCCCAUCGUUCUCUGCGGUAACAAGGUCGAUGUCAAGGAGCGGAAGGUGAAGGCCAAGACCAUCACCUUCCACCGGAAAAAAAACCUCCAGUACUACGACAUUUCGGCCAAGUCGAAUUAUAACUUCGAGAAGCCUUUCCUGUGGCUCGCCCGCAAGCUCGUUGGCAACGCUGCUCUGGAAUUCGUCGCUGCACCUGCGUUGGCUCCUGCUGAGGUGCAGGUUGACCAGAACCUGCUAGCCCAGUAUGAGGCGGAGAUCCAGGCUGCGGCCGCUGAGCCUCUCCCCGAUGAUGAUGACGAUCUUUGAGCGGCUUCGAACCCGGCAGCUCGGUUGAGCAUGUUGAGAGUGGCUCAGGACUGUUAAUGCCCGUUACGAAAGGAUCAGACGCAUCUGCCGACCAACGCACAAAUGGCAAUACCGGCAUUUGGGAGGGGCUCGGUGGGAGGGAAC